AUGAGGUUCCGUGCAGCUCUCCCGGUUGAGUGUCUGCGCCCCGGUGGACCGGAACGUUGUGGGCCCGACAGCACAGGAGACCCCUGGAUAUACAUAUCCUGGGAGUUGCAGCGGCGGGAGCAGGACGUCCGCGAGCGCUACGUGGAGCUGGUUGUCAAGCCGCGCGAGCGGGCUAGCCAGAGCGAGCUGGCGAUCACAAAAUCUUCGAGGCCGCUGCACAUGAACCGAAAGUUCCGCAUGAUCCCGGCGGACCUGUACAUCGUGCCGUCCGCCGAGAACUUCCCGCUCGCUCCGCCGCCCCUGCCUGUGUUGCGCGUGCGGG